AUGUCAGGGGCAUACACAGGGGUAUACAGUGGCUUACAGGGGAUGACAGGGGCUUACAGUGGCAGACAGGGGUUGUGUACAGGGGCGCACAGUGGAUGCCAGGUUAACGUUGCCCUCAACAAACCAGCAUACCAGCAGUACCCAAAGGAUGAAGGUGAGGACAUAUUUGAUGCCAGUAACGCUGUGGACGGACGUAAAUCUGACCUGAGCUUUUACGGUGGUCAAUGCGCUAUAUCAGAUGACGAUAGACAAACCGCCACCUGGUGGGUGAACCUGACAAGCAUUCACCCCAUCCAUCACAUCACCAUAUAUUUUGUGACGAACAACUUAGAUUAUGUGUAUCGGACGUACAUAGCAGACAAUUUACUUGGAUUCUCUGUGUAUGUCUCCAAUACCACGGAUAGAUCACAGGGAACGUUGUGUUUCAAGGACGACAACUUCACUAGAAACACAAUACCUCCUGUCUUCACAACAAACUGUUAUGUCCAUGGACAAUAUGUCAUCUACUCCAACGAGAGACUACCAGGAGUUGUCUACCCUGUUGGUUAUGAUAGUUAUGUAGGGAGUAACCUCUGUGAAGUAGAGGUGUAUGGUGAGCUUAUUUAUUCUUAA